UGUGUCGUAUCAUUAUUGUUUUUGUCAGUUUCUCGGUUUGCUCGUCAGUAUUGCAUAUCUUUUGAGGGAGUUGUCGGAUUUGACCUUUUAUUAACAACGUUUUUGGCAGGCCUGAAGGGUUUUUUCGUGGAGCGAUAGAGCAUUUUGUUUUAAAAAGGCAGCUUUUGGUACACAUCGCCGUGUCAGUGUCCGGUGUGAGCAAACGGUUUCUCAGUCUCAUAAUGAAGAAUUAAAAGGGAAUUUCGUCCAAAACAAGCCGUCAUCUAAUCCGGUCACCUGCUUUCUCUUGGCUCUCCAUGUCCUUGAGAAUACGGAAACAAUGAGUGGGUAAACUGCUUGUUCAGGGUCCGUCAAGCAAAGUGUACGCUUUUCUACAACUCAGCGCCAGGUUGGUUGGAAGGCUUUCUAACCCUCCUUUCGUUUCUUGAUGUCUUGGGAAGACCAGGGAGAGCCAAGAAACGGCGGGCGAGCUAUGGGGAGUCCUCCAGGGAAAAAGGCUCGCCCGGCCGAUUUUGAUUUGAUCUUAAAAUGCUCCAAGUCCACGGACUUUUUUAACUGUCAGUCCAGUCUGUCCUCUUCGCCUUCCUCUGAAACAACUAGCAACCCUGGGAUGCAUCCCGAGGACAUGGACGGCCAAGUGAGUGGAGCGGGUCGUCGUCCCAUCUUCACCAACGAGAAGGUCAUCAAUGACUGCAUCCACGGGUCAAUCCAGCUUCCUCCCGCGAUUCUGGCAAUUGUGGACACACCUCAAUUCCAGCGUUUACGGUACAUCAAACAAACCGGGACGUGUCACCUGGUUUUUCCAAAUGCCACCCACAAUCGCUUUCAACAUUCUAUUGGGGUUGGUCAUCUCGCCAGAAAGUUCGCCGAAGAACUCCGAAGACGUCAUCAGGAUUGGAUGGACGAAAAGGAUAUUCUUUGCGUGAUGAUGGCGGGUGUAUGCCACGACCUGGGACACGGUCCAUUUUCUCAUCUCUGGGAGCAAUUCGUCAAGGAAGCGGGCCAAAAAGAGUUUCAUCACGAAGACUUAUCCAUAGCCAUGUUUAAUCAUUUGAUCGAAGAAAACAACCUUCGGCCCAAGUUGAAAGAAUUGGGCGAUUUGAAUGAAGACGAUCUCCUCUUUGUGAAAGAACAGAUUGCUGGUCCAAUCUGCAAAGAAACUGGUCUUCCUGAUCACCGUGCUUCCCAUGAAAGUUGGCCUUAUC